AUGAGUCAGGUUAAAAAUCUUCGCGCCAUGUUCGAGCAAAAGGGGGACUCGAGCCCCCCUGACCGCGGCCGGGAGGGUCUGCCUACUACGCCCACUGACUCCCCUCGGCCGCUCUCACGUGUGCGGACGAGCUUCGUCACGGUCGAAAAGGACGGCCGGGUCGGCCUCCAGCGCGAUACGAGCAGCGACUCGGUUCCGACACUGUCGAGGACGCUCUCCGGUGGAACCGAAUCCGACGUUGCCGUGCCGGGCGUGCCCCUUUCGCCGGCCCGAAGCAGGUCGCCCAUCAAGUUGGAGGACUCCAAGCCGGCGCCCACGACACAGACACCUAAGCGGAUGCCAGCGCCCAUUCCGGAGGAGUCGACGCCAGUGACACCGACAAAGGCACCAUUGCCUGUGUCUGUGGCAAAGCCGGUACGGGAAGCUACCCCAAAGCCCCAGCCACCGGCUAAGGCAAAGGUCUCAGCACCAACACCAGUGCAGACAAAUAAAGACGAGACCAUCAAGUCUCUGGAUGCAAAGGCCGCUCCGAGAGACAAAUCGCCAGCACCGACUCCCAGAAAGCUGUUUCCCAAGCCAGCCGACGGCGAGCCUGCAUCGGGCACGCCCAAGAAAACACUGGAUGCGCCCGCACCUGCGUCGAAUGGCGUCAAGAAGGCUGCCAACGUGCCCAAGGGCGGUCUUUCGAGCCAAGCGGCGCCUCGGGCGGCGACCCGCACUAACGGUGCCGCCAACGGGGUGGCCAAGGAUACACCUGUGACGGGCUCGUCGCGUUCGGCUGCCUCUACCUCCUCUCUCCCGCUGCAUCCAAAGGUCACCAGCACAGGCCCCGGCGGCAAGGAGGCGCACAAGCCGAUCGCUACAAGCGCUGGAAAGAGCGCCCCGAAGGCCAUUGCGACGGUCAGGGAUACUACGAAGCCCGCAGCGAAGUCGCCCGGUCUUGCUGUGAAGUCGCCCACGGUCAAGACGCCCAAGACACCUACCAGCCCAGCCAAGCCUACGACGGCCAAGACGACGGCGACGAAGGCGACGACGACAACGUCAUCAUCCAAACCUACGACGACGUCCAAGCUGCCCAGCAAGAAGCCAGCGUCCGCGACGACCACGGCAACGGCGCCUAAGCUGACGGCGGGCAGCAAAUCCUCCUCGUCGGCGGCCGGGGCCAAAAAGCCCGCUGCGGUCCAGACGUUCCCACCCAACGGCAUCGGUUUUGUGAAGCCCAAGGUCAAGUCGCCCACGCGGCCCGUGCAGCUACCGUCCAGCCUAACCACGCACACAGCGUCGUCGGCCACCAAGGCCGGCGUGCCGCGGCCGUCCCUGUCGCGGCAGUCUGGCAAUUUCCUGACGCUGCACCAGCCGGCAUCCUCCGCCUCGGCGGCGCGCUCGCCAAGCCGCACCAGCACGUCGUCUGCUGCUGCUGCUGCUGCUGCUGUUGGCCCAAGGACGCUUCGGCGGCAGAGCUCGACGGUCAGCCGGCCGCGGCCCAGCAUCGGCCCGCCGCCCAAACAGACCGCCCGCGACCAUCCGGUGACCCGAAAGGAGAAGGAGGUCGACGAGGGCUUUUUGGCGCGUAUGAUGCGGCCGACGCAGGCCUCGGCGCUCAAGACGGCCGACAAGGCGCAGCUGUCACCGCCACGGAAACAGCCGGUCGUGGCGCAUGUGGCGGCGGUCCCCAUCGCAACCAAGACGGCACGAAAGAGCUCGGCACCGCGGGAGAGCGUGGCUGCUACCGCCACGGGAAAGAAGGCCGUCCCGGAGCCACCAUCGCUGGCCAACCGCCCGCCUGCGUGCAUUACGCGCAACCCAGACUUCCCCCCGCCCACAAAGGUUGCCGAAUCUGUGAAGGAGGAGGUGCCCAACUCUUAUGCCGGUGCUGCAGCCAAGGAGACAGAGCCUGUCAAAGAGGGUCCCGAGGAGGAAGAAGAACUUGUCGAAGAGGAUGUUGUCGAGGAAAAGCAAGCGGAGGAGGAAGCCGUCGAAGAAGAAUCCAUUGAGGAGGCAGCUGAAGAGGAGGACGCACCUGCCGUUGCUGAGGUGCCGGUUGAGGAGGAUGGGGAGGCCGAGGACGAGAGCCACGUCGAGUCUGUGGAAGGGGCCGUCGUGGAAGAGGAAGCUACUGAUGAGCCCGAGUCAGCACCUACCGAUGAGGCUACUUCUGAAGUGGAGAAGGAGGAAGAAGAGGAUGAGGACGGGGAUGGGGAGGGGGAGGAGGAGGCAAAGGAGGCCGUCAAGGACAGCGACAUGUCUGCCGUGGAGGCCAGUGUCGCCGAAAGCGUUAUACCCGAGGCAAAGGCUGAGCACUGA